AUGGUGCUAAAGCUCCUUUUCCUGCCCCACCCUGAAUACAGAAUUUUGGCCUUAUACUUUCUCAAAUCAAUAUCUGUGGUUUAUGCAAGAGGCGUCAGGCAGCCACUAAUCUGGAACACCAGUACCAGAGUCUCUGGUCUGAAAGCCUCCUUGAACGUGCUGGAACUGGGCUGUGCCUGCUCAUACCCUCGCCGCAGCCUGCUUGGGAUGUGGGAAGCUCCUGUGGGUCAAGUGCAAGGCAUCUAUGGCCACAAUGAGCUUCUCCCCUUCCACAUAGAAGCUAUUUACAGUCUACUUGCACAUGCUUGGGAUCCAGCAUACGUGAGUCUUGUGAGUAAAAUGUAUGUCUUGUACACACACCCUGAAGAACAAAACAAACAAGAAUGGUGGACUGGUGCUGCAAGUGCUCCGUGGUGUGUCGGCCAUAACUGGCAGGGUGUAGACAGCGGGGGCUGCAUGGUGCCCUGUGUGGAUACCUCCAGUGCCAAUGGGAACAGCCCACCACCCAUCAGCACUGCAGCCCUUCAGGAAGCCCCUGCACCCGGCCAAGCUUCAGACAGAGCCGCAGCUCUGAUUUUCAGAAGAUGUUGGUUGGUUUUCAAGAAAGCUUCUAGCAAAGGACCCAGGAGGCUAGAAAAAUUUCCAGACGAGAAGGCAGCAUAUUUCAGGAACUUUCACAAGGUAACUGAGCUGCACAAUAUCAAAAACAUAACUAGAUUGCCUCGAGAGACAAAGAAGCAUGCAGUGGCAAUUAUCUUUCAUGAUGAGACAUCAAAGACAUUUGCGUGUGAGUCAGAACUAGAGGCAGAGGAAUGGUGCAAACAUCUCUGCAUGGAGUGUCUAGGAACCAGACUCAAUGACAUAAGUCUUGGGGAACCAGACUUGCUUGCUGCUGGAGUCCAGAGAGAACAAAAUGAGCGAUUCAAUGUGUAUCUCAUGCCCACACCAAAUCUAGACAUCUAUGGGGAAUGUACAAUGCAGAUCACACAUGAGAACAUCUAUCUCUGGGACAUCCACAAUGCCAAAGUCAAGCUGGUCAUGUGGCCUCUGAGCUCUUUGAGGAGAUACGGGCGUGACUCAACGUGGUUCACAUUUGAGUCUGGAAGGAUGUGUGACACGGGAGAAGGGCUGUUCACCUUUCAGACAAGAGAAGGAGAGAUGAUAUAUCAGAAAGUCCAUUCUGCAACCCUGGCAAUAGCAGAGCAACAUGAAAGAUUAAUGUUGGAGAUGGAGCAGAAGGCACGGCUCCAGACCAGUCUGUCUGAACCAAUGACGUUAUCCAAGUCAAUCUCACUUCCUCGUAGUGCAUAUUGGCAUCAUAUCACCCGGCAGAACAGCGUUGGAGAAAUCUACAGUUUACAAGGUCACAGCCUCGGUCCAGCGAAGGUGUCUCGGGCACAGACGUUUCCCAGCUACCCCUCGGAGCAGGGCGAGGAGCACCAGCAGUCCCUGGCGCUAGCCGGCAGCUACGGAAUCAGCUACAGCUCAGGCCUCAUCCAAUGACACCCAGAGAGCGGCUGCCCGAGAGAGACAGUCUAGCCUGGGGCCUGCCACCAGGGUCAGGAAGCAACGUGCACCCUCCGCACCCACAAUUUGCAGUGAAAACUGAGGCCUACCAGCUCCAGCCUGGUCACAGCAAAGGUUGAACCCUGAGGAGGCAGCUUCCCUGAAGCAGAGGCUAAGUUGUUAUUUAUUUAUUUUAUCUUUCCUUUUGUUAAGAUGUUUAGAAAGGAGGGGAGGGGGGGAAAGCAUUUGUGUUGUGAGAAAGUGAUUGAAACAAAUGAAACUGUGUUGGUGUGAAGGUAUCUGCAUGACAGGAGAAGGCCCGUUCUGGGCUCUAUCAUGAUGACGCAUUUUGACAUUCUUACCCAUCUCCAUCGUCAGGUCAGCUCAUCUUCACUGAUAACAUUUUUAGGUCCUUGUUGCAGCCCACUGGUUCCAGCUGGAAUUGUUGAAAUGCUGCCAAUUAAAUAAGCAGCAUAGAUAAUGUAGAUGUUACCCUUAGAAUCAAGCAAAGUUGCUAAUUAUUCAGAGGGUCAAGUGUUAUUUGAAGCAGACUUCAGUAAGUGCUGGAGUAGCAGGCAGAUACUUAGUUAUUUGUUGAGAAUAGCAUUUGGUGCCGUAAGAGAAGGUUUCUACCUAGUGUGUGUCUAAUCUUAAAUUCCUAGGGCACAAAUCCUGCCCUUACUAAUAUGUGCGUAACUCCCAUGAAUACCUCUUAAGAGCUGUGAAUGCGCGUAUAAGCAGCAAAGUAGAGCCCUUAGAACUGCCAAGAAGUCUUCUCAUUUGCAAUUAUUUAAAUAAUCUUGCCUGCGAGCAUAACUUUAAACAGCAGGAAAACUGUUCUUCAAACAAAGAAAUGUGGGCUGCAUUCCUGACUGACAAUCUCAUAUUGUAUAAUGCGGGCCAGAUAUGGUACAGAAGUUGAGCUCUGGUCUUGUCUUUCUGGUAAGUGUUACUUUGACUUUCUAUGUUUCUUUCUCAGCUUUCUGUUUUAGAUGCAUAUUGUAUACUGUAUGAUCAUGGAUCAGGUAUCAGUUUGCAUUGAAAAGGAUGAUGAGCACAUCUCAAUGGAAAUUUUCUUUCUUUGGAAGAUGUCUUUGAAAAAUGAACUGUCGAAGGUGUGUUUGUAAUCAGUAAGGAGGGAAUAAGUUGGAAGGCAUACCUGUAGGCAGGGAACAAGUUUUAUGUAUCCUAAAUAUUUAGAUUUUUGUAAGUGGCAUCAAAUAUUUAUGUACUUCUUGCGAUGCCCUGGAAUGUUUGAGAAUAUGGAGAGAAAAAUCUGCUGUCUUGCUGUUACACGAGCAGGCCCUGCGUUUUAUUCCCAGUACCAAACUCUCUGCCAUGACUGCAAGAGGAAUUCUUCUCAUUGAGUUCUCAUGAGUUGUUUCUCGCGACAGAUUGAGGAAGCAUGUCACGGAGGAGACACAUAGACUCUUUUCCAAUUAAGCAAUCAGUUUUAUCUAUUGUAAUUUAACUGGAAAAGUGCUGUUGGGUUUUUAUAUGUACAAACACAUAUACAUAUAUAUAUAGAGAGAGAGAGAGCAUUAAAAAGUACAAAAGAGACUUCUGCUUUUGAUUAAACAUUUACUGAUACAGUAUGUCCAGCUUUUCUCCAAACAUUUUACAGGCUAACAGACCUUAACAAACUUAAAGAUUAUUACACUCAGUGAACAGCUGCUGAAUAAAAAAGCUUUGUGAUCUGUUUGAAUGAAACAGUUGCACCCCACCACAACCAGCUUUAUUUCUCCUCUUCUUUCCUGUCUCAUUCACUACCUCUUCUCCUUGUCACACUGCUGCCACGCUCAGGAAUAGAACAGCUCCCUAUAGAGAAGAUUUUGAUGAGCUAACACAAUAACGAAAAACUGUUCUCCCACGCUGUCAGGGAGCUGUACCUGUGGUGCUCUCUGAGCUGUACUGAUUAAGGAGGCUUCAUUCUCACUUUCAUUUAAGAAAAAAAUUUAGUUGACAUUUUACUUUGGGAAAUUUUCCAGUUUGCGAAUGUUGCAUGCAAAGUGUGAUACAAAAGAACAGAUACUCAGCUGGUGUAGUUCUGUUAUUCAGUGGAGUUUGGCCAAAUAUAUGCCUUAUAUGGCCGAUUAUUUGUAUUUCUAUGCAACUGUGAUCCUUUUCCUUGCCCUAAAAAUACACAUUUUCUUUAAAAUUCCUCAGAAUAAGUUUCCAGCAUGUUCUGCAGGUUUCUAUGCUGUACCUGUAACUAUUUUCCUGAGUGACUUAAAUAUUGGUCAUGUAAUGUUUAUAUAUUCUUCAUGGCCCUAAAACAGGAAAAAGAAAAACCGGAGAGUAUCAGAACUGUUUUAUAGAUUCAGUGCCCAUAUACUUUAGAAACCUAUCUAAAUCCUAAAGCUAGUGCUUUAGCUGUGUUUUAGAUAAGAACAUAAGAUCUAUACGGAAGUGCAUUCCUUCCAUUUCCUGGGGAAAGAUUGCUCCCUCUUCCAGAUGGGUUUGGCUUCCUAUUCAGUGCAUGAGUACUGUUCAGUUAAUGAAGAUGUAGAUAAUGUUCCCAAAAAAAGAAGAAUAAAAGGGACUAGCCAUCUAGAGGGAUUUUACUAAAUAUUUUAGUUUUGCUACUUUAUGCAACUAUACAUUUGUAAAGACUUUUGAGGUGCCAUCUUGUAGCAACAGUUAGAAAACUGUUUGUAGGCCAAAGCCAGAGACCUGAGUCAACAAAAAGCAAAGUUAAAUCAUGAACAUGCUUUCUUUCAGAUAGUAAACACAUCCUCACUGAAAGUUAAAGAUUAGGAUGCAAAUUCAUAGUGUCCUGUAACACAGUCAAAUAAAACUGGGCACCUGAAGCACAAAAAUGUUCAGUGGCAGGUGGAGUUUGCUAUUUGUGCCACUCCAGAACUGCAGACGAUACCACUGUAAAAUUUGUGUAUUUGUAUCGCUUCCAGAAAUGUUCCUCAGAAAAGCUCCAUGAGAACCAGGCAGGCACUAGGCCAAUAGUUUGCCAGAAAAUUCUGUUUUCAUGGAAUUGCUUUAGUUCCUGACAUAUGCCUGUCGAUAAUACAAGUGAUUCCCCACUGAGACAACUUUGUCCAGCUCCUAGUGGUUCUGCCAGAAGAAAAUUCUCUUUUGGCGCCCGUGGUAGAGCUGCCUGCCUAGAGACUACAGGGGCUUUAAAGAGGCCUGGGGACCCCAUGGGUCUCUGCUCAAGUCUCGGCUUUCUUCAUGUGCCAGGCGCACAGAUAAUACGCCCACUCCUGACCCAAGAAGAGCUCUCUGUUUUCAGCUAGUAUGCUGUGUAGAGCAGGAGGGCAACCAAAUGUCUUCAGUGGUAACCAGGUGCAACCAGUGAAAACACAACUUAGCGUUAGUGUAUUAAAAAAUGGUAAAAUUAACAUAAGGCCAUUGCCUUUACUUCAGUUCUGAGGAAUAGUAUGAUGAAAAUGCUUCCGUAACGAUGAUUUUAAAUUUUAAAACAUGACCCUUGAUAACAGAACAUUAUUUCUUAUUAAAAAAACAGCAUUACUAAAUGUAGUUACUAAUGUCUCUUAACUGUGAAUAUUAUUGAUUGAUGCCUGCUGGUAUUUUUGAUUUUGAAGUCACUUGGCACAGAAAAGGAGAAAUUGAAGGAGACUAGUAAUAAAUCAUAAGUAUGAUGCUAAAGUAAUUGAGUAACCCCCUUUUUAACAUUAUAUUAGUAAUGGUUUAAAUCAUCUUUGAGUAUAUUCCUUUGGAUCAAAUUUGCCUGCCUAUGUUAAAGCAAAACAAAAGAAGAAUAUCUUAUAACAUUGUGUUUGCAGUCUUACUGAAUAUAUGUGUUACUAAUAUAAUAAAUAUUUAGGCUAUGCUUUGUCGGGUGGGCUCUGACUCCAGUAUCUCACAAGUAUCUAGUCCAUACAAAAUUCUAUUCUUGAUUCUUUUCGCCAAAGCCAGCAAAGAAUGCAUGGAAAUGUACUGACAAACCAAGUAAAUUUGUUAGACUAAGCUGAUCUCUUAUGUUCUGGCAAAAGUCUGCAAUGGCAUUUUGGGAAAUUUUUCAUUGAACAACAUGGGGAUGGAAAUCAUAUUGGGAAGCUACAAACAUGUAUCUGAUCAAGGCUUGUUGUAAGCUGGUAAGACUUUACUGGAGUUAGAAUUAAAUGACUGAGUCAAAAAUCUUUUAAAAUGCUCUCUAUACCAGUAAUUUAAAUACAGCAUUCAGCUUACCAGCACCGUUUAUUUAGGAGUUGCUACAUGCAGGCAGACUGUGAAGAUACUUACCAGUUCAUGGCAAAAAUUAAAAAAGAAUCAGACAUCUGAAUUGCACUUAUCAGAAAGGGCAUGAACUUCAUGCCUGUUCAGUUCUUGAUCUCCAGUGUAAUAGAUACUACCAUGAAGGAUAGCGAUUCUUUAGAUAUUAGAGCACUGGCAACUGACAGAGAUCAUCAGCCCGUAGCCUAUAAACCUCUACUCAGAUUUAGCUCACAAGCCACACUUGCUAGUUUUCAGCUAAAACCUAGAAACUACAGGGUGGUUUUCCUUGUCAAAAUAUCCAUCUCUUGAAUUGCUGCCCCUUUUAACAUGAAAUUUAACAUCUCUUAUAUGCAACUGUUUCUUCCUACAAAGAAAGGAGGAAGGUAUUCCAGUUAAUCUCUUUUUCAGCUUUUAAUAUCAGUGUAUGUAGCCACUUUUUAUAUCUGCUGCAAAGGAAUAAAUGUGGCUUUUAUCUAUACCCAGAAUGCAGCAGACAAUGGAGAAAGUGCAGAAAGCUACUGUUUGGUUACAGGAAUAGAUCCAACAGCACUGGAAAGUUUCUUUUUCCGUACCUCAUCCAAAUUACUUGUGACUCUUUCCAGAAUAACUUAUUACACAGCAAGUAUAUAUUAGAACCUUGUAUUUUCCACCGUAGACAACUGGCCAGGGUGUCUGCUUAUGUUUUGUUAGUAGAAGAAUGGCGCAUACCAUUGUAGUGGCAUAGCUUUAAAAUUGAUGGGUUUAAGGUUUGAUAUAUUAAUUUUGAAGGUGCAAAGUCUGGGACUCCAUAUAGGGUACUGUAUAUGUUCUUGAUAUUAUAAAUAAAUGCUGUUCGCUUUUGAUUUUAUAUAAAAAGAUGUGCUGUGUUGGAAACAAGUACAUGCAUCUGUUGGAAUGAAGGAAAUGUCAAAGUAUAUUGAGUGUCCUGUUGUAAUAAGAAAUUUGUCUUUCUAUGUCCAAGCCUUACAAGUCAGUAAAAGGUGAUAUGCGAGGGUGACGUGUGUUCGGCAAUUAUUUGAAUAGUGUUAUGCUUAGACAUCAGUUCACCUGUGGAGUCAGAAGAUUAGAAUCCACAGAUUGAACUGGUUAUAUUCGAGAAAAUGAAACUAUGCAAAGAUGCUUCUUGCAUCUUUGCCCUCAUAUGCACCAUGGCAGACUUCUAUGGAUAUAGUUAAAGUAGAUAUGAGAAUAACUGAGUUUUAAUUAUGAUUAAUUAAAAUUAAUGCAUUUUAAAAUGUUGAUGCUAUGAAUGUAGCAAGUUAUAAUGAAGAACAGAUUUUUUUUCUAACUGUAUGCAAGCUCUGAAUCUUUAAGGAGAAGCAGCUAAUCUUUUAAAAUCUCACACCGAUAGUCCCAAAGAAGGGUUAAGAUUUCAUUGUUUUGUGUUUUUAACUUGAGUACAGAAACCCUCAUGAGGUUAACUACAUUUACCUCAUUCUAUUCUUACAGUCCUGGGAUUGAAUGGAUACGUUUUACAGUAGAUUUUUUUAUUUAUGUAACAAUAUUUGACAUGAACAAAGUUAACUCUCAUUUUUAAUAUAGGCUACGUCCUUCUCUCCAUCUUUUUUUCAUUGUAUGAUAGCAAGAUUGCAAUAGGCAUAUAAAAAGCACAAAAUUAAUCAACUAUCUUGGCAAUUUAAUACCAAUUACAAAAUAAAAGGUUGCAGUUAAGCAUUUAUUCUCAUUGCUGCUCCUGCUGGUAAAACAAAAUAAAUGAUAGAAAAUAAAGUUGCCCUUGUUGGUGUUAAUUGUUGAGUUUCCUGAUUUUCUUUAGAUGAUAGUCUGUGACAGAAGCUAUUUAUGUUCUAGAACUGCUUUUUUGGGUUGUACUGAUUUAAGAUGGUUGUUAAGGAAAACAGACAAUAUAGAAAAACAGUAUUGUAACUUCCUAACAAAGUAAACAUAUGCUCCCGUUUUAUCACUGCUAUCAGUUCCAUUUCAGUCUUUGAAAAACAUCAUCAUAGAAAAACAGAGAGAGGAAUAUUUCAGAAGCAUAAUGAACAGGAAAAAAGAAUAGGGUGAGAAAUCAAGAAAAAGGAAACAGAUUCUUUAAUCUCUAAAAAGAUUAGGAGAAUUUAGGAGAUAUUAUAGGCACAUAGCACUGGGUCAUGUUGAGUACAAAACAUCUUUCCAGAGCCUUCAACUUCUUCCGGCUCUAUUAGGAUCAAUAUUUUGUGCUUAAUUCAAUUCACAGGUCCAGGCUUUUCUAUAACAGUGGGAUCAGUAGUAUUGGACCCCCUUUCCCUAGCAUGGCUGGAAGAACCAUGGAGCAAUCCAGUUAAAGUGAAUUAUACAAUACAGAUGUUAGAAUAUCACUACUUUAUACACAGAUGUUAGAAUAUUACUACUUUAUACAAUGCAUCACUACUGCGAUGGCAUGAUUUUGUGGAAUUACUGCUGCGAGGUGUCACUAAAAAUGAUUUAGAAUAUUUCAGAGCUGAUCAAAUUCAAGGUGAUAAGAACAGCAUCUGCAUUUAUGAUAGAUUAAAAUAGGUACACAGGUGCUCCAGCCUUAUGCUCUAAUUAUGAAAUGAUGUGACAGAGGUCUGUGAGAAAGCUCCUCCCAUAUUAUAGCUGUUGUAUAAAUUAUGGAAAUUUAAUAUAAAUUCAGAAGUUUUUAGUUCAGAGGAAAAUAUGAUGUCAACAGAGAGUAUUUGGAAUGCAUAUAUAUGUAUAUAUUCCAAACAUACAUUCUCUCUCUCCAACCACACACAUAGACCUCAGAACAAAUAGAGAAAAAUACUGGGAAAAAAGUACAGAUACUGCAUAUUUGUUUGACUCCGUCUUAGUGUGAUAAUUAGCUAUUGAUCAUUUAAAUCAUGUUACAAAACUUUCUGGUUAAUAUUAUGAGUGAUUUCCCUUCCCGAGGCUCUCUGAUUCUAAGACGCAGUUAAGGGAAGUGAUGGCAAACUUAUGUAUUUGCCCAGAGGUUAUCCAAAUGCUCAUCCUGUCCUCAUCACUAUUUAUGCAUUUUACUUAAUACAGUGAUUAGAAAAGAACAAGACAAAGAGUUACGGGAGAAAGCAGAAAGGAGGACACCUUUUUCGUGGGAUUGCCUUAGCCACAUGCCUAUAGGGCCCCGCAGGGCUCCUCCUGGCUCUUCCUCUUAGUCCUACAAACAUCAGUUAUAUCUGUAUAUCUGAAGCCCAACUUCAACUGGAAGGGUAUAAAGGGCAUGGGACAAGGUGUAUGAGUUUGGUGCACGCUGGAGGAAGAACUGAACCAAAGUCUUCCAUGUCCCGGCCAAUCUAGCCAGUAGGAUACUGUGUGAACUGAUUAGUUGUGGCAGAAACAGCUAGGCUUUCAUAUGGCAGUUAAAAGCUUAGUCCUGCUUAGUUUUUUGAAGCGCACUCUAGCCUCAGGGAAGGACCCUUCACACUGGCCCUCAAAGGGCCAGAGUAAUCUGCUGGCCACCCUGACUCUACGCACGCUCUGACAGCACAUGAGGCACGGCAAUUGGGAUAUAUUCUUCUCAGCAUCUCCUAUGGUCUAGCCCAAAGCAGCACCCCAGGAAUGUGCGAGUAUUUCAAAAUACCUUUUGAGUUGCCUAACUUCCAUUCUGCAUAACAGAGCCUGAGAACUUCCCAUAUGGUUUCCACUCUUGGAGCCCAGAGCCUAAAAGGACAUUAUAGCACCUCUCUUGCAGACCUAUAGGGCUGCUCUGGGAACUAACCCUUAAUGUCAGCCGUGCAAAUCUGCUAAAAGGAUUAGCUCCUACUGAGCAUUUGGGCUUUAGAGCAAAUAUAUCUUCUUAUGCUUACACUGGAGAGCAUUCACCAAGACAGAGUUUCAGCUAGUGUAAAAAACUGCCAGUCAUUUAAAUGGAACUUCACAUAGCCCAGUAAUGUAUAGGGGUUUUCAGGAACAUACUGUGUAUAAAAUAAAAAUGAAAUAAUCACAGCCCUAGUUUCCAGAAGUCUUUAUGAGUAUGGAAAAAAUCCCCUCGGACAAACUGAAAUGAACCUGACGGUAGUGAGGUCAGUCCUCUGAAAACUUUUCUUUCUCCAAAGUCAGAUUCUUAUUUGAAUCUUUCAGGAAUAAACUAGCAUCCAUCUCUGAUCCAACUAACAAAUGUUGAUAGCAUCUAACCUUUAAAUAGUCUGCCUAGUUUGCUGCAUUGAUCCUCCCCUCUGCUGUUUCUGGAAUAAGACUUGGGUAGGAGUUAGAUGAUUAAGUUGCUCACCGCAGUUGAAACUAGUUGUUUCUGAAAAUGCUUGAGAAACUUUUAGUGCCUAUUAGAAAAGGUGCCUAGGAAUUUAGGGCAGGUACCUGUUGAGAAAGGGGGUUACAUAUUGGGCUACCUUGCCUAAAGCAGGAGUCUGGAGGAAUCCAUGUUCAUGUGGUCUUCAGUGGUCUCCAGCCCUUAGGGAGUGCUCUGUUUUUUAACAGUAACAUUGUUUUAUCCAAAGACUCACAGCCAAAGGGGACAUGAAGACAAGUAGAACUGGCAGUACCAUGAAGGUAUUAUAGGGUCACAGAAAUUCUUUAAUGUAUAGGGACAUAUUUAAGGAGAAUAACUGGAGAUGAUGUAAUGUAUUGUUCUAACUUUCACUUUCUGCCAUAAAUUGUGAGUUUCAUAUUUUCUCUGUUGAUUCAAAUUCUCGUGAGUGUCUCUCCUGCACUCAGAAGUCGCAGCAAAGACUGAUUGCAAAUAUUCUUUUGUCUCUGGUUUCUUUUUUUAAAGAGAUAUGAGUUUAAGCUGUUUAAAGACUUGGCAAUACUACGAAUCACAGAAUUUUCCACUGAAUAUGGGACUUAAACAUCUGCCUUUUUCACCUACCAUAUCAUGGAAAAAAAGAAUCUGCUUUUCCCUUUCUUAAAAUCUUAUAGAUCCGUUUUCCUGCUACAAGAAAAGUAGUUACCCAGUGAUUCAAGAGCAGUUGUUUAAUAAAAAUGUGCUUUAUUGUAUUUAUUUCCUUUCAGCAAAGUUUCUAAGGCUUUAAAACAACAAAAAAGACAAUAUUAUCCCACAGUGUGGAGAGUAUGCUGAGCUGGUUGCUAACUAUAGUUGUGUCAUAUUUUUUUCCUUUUUACUAUUUUGGAAAACAGUACAGAACAAAAUAGCACGGUAAUUGUUUAGGAUGAAAUUUCCAAAUUACAGUUGAUUAAGUUUACCCAAAAGUAGCUAAAAGUCACUGAAAGAAAAAGGCAGCUCUACGGAAAAUAUUGAAAAUAAAGUUUUUACCAUUUUACACUGGAAAGCCAAUUUGCAUAAUCCAAACCCAGUCAAAGCACACAGGCUCUUACAGGGUCCCAUCCUGCCAUACUACACAUUACAAACAAUUAAAGCAUUUAUAUGUUACAUUUCAAAUGACACUUCUGGAAUUUUCUCUUGUGCAUAAUUUAUUAGAUUUUAAGCUAGUGCAAACAUUGAUAAGGUUGAGGUUUUGGUUUUUUGUUUUUAUUUCUUUCAGUUUCGUGUUCAGCUGCUGUUCACUGAUAUUACGAUGGUACAAAAACAAGGCUGUUGCUUUGGGUUUGUUUAUGGAAAAAAUAA